UGGGCACCCAAGACAGGCCUCGGUGCUUUUCUGCCGGGUGCUGUUCCUUUUCCUUUGCUCCCGCCUCCGCGGCUGGGAUCUCGCUGGGGCGGGUGAGCGUCGAGGCCAUCUGCAGUCGGGGUCAGAUUCCGCAGGAGGGCCGUCACGCCGCCCCCAUCGUGCAGCGCAGGGGCGCUCACGCCGGCCACGUUGUCCUGGUAGGCGAGGGAGUCCGCAGGGCUGAGAAAAAUUUUAACAUUUCAUGCCUGUGGAGUAACAUUAUCAAGUCUGGAUUCCAUGUCUUUCCUUGUAAGUAAACCAGAACGCAUUAGGAGGUGGAUGUCUGAGAAGUUCAUUUUUGAGGGCUUGAGGGAGUUGGAACUAUUUGGAGAGCAGCCUCUGGGUGACUCUCGGAGAAAAACCAAUGAAGCAAGCUCAGAAUCAAUAGCAUCUUCCCACAAAAGGGACACCAUGAGCAGUUAUCUUCCUGACAUUAAUUGCUAUGAAUUAUUAACCAUAAUAGGAAGGGGAUUUGAAGAUCUAAUGACUGUGAAUUUGGCACGAUAUAAACCGACAGGAGAGUUUGUCACUGUCCGGAGGAUCAAUUUAGAGACCUGCACCAAUGAGAUGGUGGCAUUUUUGCAGGGUGAGCUUCAUGUUUCAAAAUUCUUCAGCCAUCCCAACCUCGUGCCCUAUAAAGCAGCCUUCACAACUGACAACGAACUGUGGGUUGUUACAUCUUUCAUGGCCUAUGGUUCUGCUAAAGAUUUAAUUUGUACACAUUUUAUGGAUGGGAUGAGUGAAUUAGCUAUGGCUUAUAUACUCCAAGGUGUACUGAAGGCCCUUGAUUACAUCCACCACAUGGGAUAUGUCCACAGGAGUGUGAAGGCCAGUCAUAUCCUGAUUUCUGCAGAUGGGAAAGUGUAUCUUUCUGGCCUGCGCAGUAACCUGAGCAUGAUCAGUCACGGUCAGCGUCUCAAAGUGGUUCAUGAUUUCCCUAAGUACAGCAUCAAGGUUCUACCAUGGCUAAGCCCAGAGGUUUUGCAGCAGAAUCUUCAAGGGUAUGAUGCAAAAUCUGACAUUUACAGUGUAGGAAUAACAGCCUGUGAGCUGGCAAAUGGCCAUGUUCCUUUCAAGGAUAUGCCUGCAACUCAGAUGCUUUUGGAGAAGCUCAAUGGCACUGUCCCUUGCCUUCUGGACACAACGACUAUCCCUCCUGAGGAACUGACCAUGAAACCGUCACGUUCUGGGGCCAGUACAGGUCUUGGGGAAGGCAUGGCAGCCAGCAGUGCUAGGGCCUCUAAUGGUGAGGCAGUACUACAUCCAUACCAUCGGACCUUCUCGCCCUACUUCCACCAUUUUGUGGAGCAGUGCCUGCAAAGGAAUCCAGACUUGAGGCCAAGUGCAAGUGCACUGCUCAACCACUCCUUUUUCAAACAGAUCAAACGCCGGGUAUCAGAAGCACUUCCUGAACUGCUAUAUCCAGUCACACCAAUCACUAGCUUUGAAAGCAUUCAAGCAGAUGAUCCUAGUCUUAUUUUUGGACUGGUUUCUGAUCUGGAACAGCUUGAUAUGGAUGAUUGGGAGUUCUAGAAGAAGAAAGAAGAAAGGAUAUACAAGUAUAAAAGCUCUCCUAGAAAUGUUUAGUACCCUAAUUUAAUAACCCCCGCCAUAUGUUUCUCACAAAGCCAUGAUGAAUGCUAGUGCUGUAGUUUACUUCUUCCUUAGGAAGGCGAUCUAGAUAUUUCCACUAUAGUAAGGCCAAGGAACAGAUUGAGGGAGGAGAAAAUGCAUAGUAAAAAUAUGGGGCUGGAGACUUCUAGUCAGAUUAAGAUAUGACUGCCUUAGCAGUGGACUUCAGGUGAACCUGUUCUCCUUACUCUCUGUAUGCUCUUGCAGGGUUGCUGCUUCUGAAAAAAUGAUGUUAACAUCCUUUGUUGUACUAUGCUGAUCCAAAGGGAUGUUCACCUACUGCUCACAAAGUAAUCUUGCUUGUAAAAUCACCAGUGGAAAAUCAGUUGUUUUGCAAGACCAGUUAUGGGGUAGCAUUAUAUCUCAAGCUGAGCUUGGUCACAUCUAGAAUUCUUCCCACCAGCCCUUUCUACUUUUUUCUGGUUAAGCAAGAUUGGAUGGGGAUGGUAGACUAUACCUGUAAAUGCCAACUGCAAGUCUGAGGGCAGGGCUCAGUACUUUUUAGCUGAGCUGCCUUCUCUAAUUUACUGUUGUUAUUGUUCCUUCUGUGGAUCUAAGUAAGACUGAGUGCUGUGCACUUCUUUUAGUCAAAAAUCUUACAUAUCCCUUCCAUCAGCUAAUGCAUUUGAAGACUUGUUUAACAGUGAGGUUGCAAGUCCAAGAACGGCUGUCUCCUAACUUGUCUGGCAUAUGAAGAUACCAUAUGUUGGUUACAGAUUUAGUUGUAUCUUGGAAAUGAGUGGGACUAAAUUAGUCUUAACUAGGAAACUUGUGUCCAGUUGAUUACAAUUUUACUUAUAUGUAUGACUAAAUUUGGACCCUAAAUGUUUGUAUCCGUUAUCUUUGCCAUAAUCUUCCUCACCCUUUUUGGAAUGGGUGUUAAGUGUUUACUAGUUUCUUAUCCUAAAGUGUGUAGUAAGGUCUUUUCCCCUUUCCUUUAAUGGGUUCCCUUUUUGCAUCUGGUUGGCUGGAUCAGUUACAGGUCUGUGUGCAUGUUUAAAGCUGUACUUGAACCCAAGACACAUUUGCUUUUCUAGUUUUGUUGCCAAUAAAAUAUUUCUGCAUUU